CCCCUUAACCGUAUUGAUAAACUAAUGGAUCGUCAGCCGCGAAUCAGUUAGCUGCGAACUUUCAUACAGUUAAGUUAUAAUUAUCGUCUACCCCUGUAACAAAAUGGCUGCCGGUGUUCCAGUAAUCUUCAACAAUGGACAUACCUGCCCCGUCAUCGGAUUGGGCACUUGGAAGUCGCAGCCGGGCGAGGUGACGCAAGCCGUAAAAGAUGCCAUCGACAUCGGGUACCGACACAUCGACUGCGCGCACAUCUACCUCAACGAGAAGGAAGUGGGAGAGGCUCUCAAGGCUAAGUUCGAGGAAGGUGUCGUUAAAAGAGAAGACAUUUUCAUCACAUCGAAACUGUGGUGCACAUUCCACCGACCUGACCUGGUCGAAGGCGCCAUCAAGACCACGCUUGAAAACCUCGGUCUGGAGUACCUCGACCUCUAUCUCAUCCAUUGGCCACAAGCGUUCAAGGAAGGUGAUGACCUAUUCCCGAAGGAUGAGUCGGAUAAAGUGAUCCCGUCAGCCGUGGACUACGUGGACACGUGGAAGGCGCUGGAGGGGCUCGUGGAGAAGGGCCUGACACGCUCCAUCGGCCUCUCAAACUUUAACAAGAAACAGAUCGACAGAGUGCUCGAGGCGGCCAAGAUCAAGCCUGCUGUUCUACAGAUCGAAGUCCACCCAUACCUGAACCAGCAGAAGUUGUUCGACUACUGCAAGACCAGAGACAUUGCGGUGACUGCGUACUCCCCACUCGGCUCUCCAGACAGGCCCUGGGCGAAGCCCGGAGACCCGCAGCUGCUGGAGGACCCGAGGCUCAAGGUCAUCGCCGAUAAAUACAACAAGACCCCUGCACAAGUGCUUAUCAGAUAUGCGAUAGACCGCGGCAUGAUCGUGAUCCCAAAGUCGGUGACGAAGAGUCGCAUCGCGCAAAACUUCAGCGUGUUUGACUUCCAACUCACCCUGGACGAUAUCAAAGAGAUCUCUGGCCUCGAGUGCAACGGACGUCUCUGUACCAUGGGAGACACGCACCACCCGGACUAUCCUUUCCACGAUGAAUUUUAAACGCGGCUAACAAUUUUUAAGUUAUUUUUGUUUAUUUAUUAUUUUUACAAGUAAUAAAUGUUACUUUAAUUAUUAUUUA